AUGGCGUCAGUCCCGUCAAUCCCGACGCUAUUCGAACAUCAAUUUGAGGUUGCUUGUUAUGCCUUAUACGUCUACGAACAUGUACGAGCAGCGAUCACUUUGUCGGACGAGGUGUCGAAGAUCUGGUCCCGGAAACUGACACUCGUCAACGCAUCCUUCUUGAUUCUACGCUAUGUGGUUCACCUCCAGUUCAUUGUACUACAAGUAUGUGCACUCACUUCGUCAAAUUCGCCGGUGCAGCCAACUUGUGCACGAACACUGAUUGUGUCCACGGCAUGGGGCCUUCAUUUUGGAAUUCGUAGCAAUAACUUCUUCGGUAAGUGUAUCUUAGCUGCCCUUUGGGCUGCCCCGCUAGUAACGGAUUCAUGUAUAUUCAUCCUCACCCUAUAUCGGACUAUCAAAUUGAUACACAACCGCAAUGGCCGUACAAGUCAUCUUCAGCUCGAAUCUCUUGAAUACCUUGAUCUUCUUCGUGACGCUCAAUCAGCGGCACCCGUUCAGUUAGCGGCUCCAGAUCUCAAGGCCACUGCUGCACCGUUUGGACAAAUCAUGACCGUCAUCAUGAUUACACGCCUUCAGCUUAACCUCAAGAACGCGCAUCAGAAACAGCUAUCAGCGCACGCCGACAUGGAGGCACAGCACCCUCUCGGAGGGGCUAGUUCUAUGCACUUUGCCCACAUCCAUCGUGCGCGUCCCAUCACGGAGGCCGUCGCGGAAUCGACUUUCUUCUCUGUCGGCAAUCUCGGGGAGGACAUACAUGAUUCGGUUUCCGAGGAUAUGAGGCACAAGAAAAGGGGUGAGAGGGAGCGCGAGAGAGCCAUAGAACUGACGGUGUUGGGUCGUGAUGUAUAA